UCGAUUAUAUGUUGAUUUGACUUCCUUAUUUUACCUUUUCCUGAAUUUGCGCCAUCGGUCUCCGGAUGUGAGUUUGGUUUUUCUGUUUCUGUUCAUCAACAUUAACACAUUUUCCUGAAUAUUACCUUCGAUUAUAUGUUGGUUUGCGUCGAUUAUAGCAUGAUUUGAGCUAUUUGUUGAUUGUGAACGAAAUUUUGUUUCUUGUAUUACUAGGGGCACUUCUUCAUGUUGUUAUAAUACAAAUACUAUCAGCAACAUAUGUCCCUUGAGGAAGAUAACCUUAAACUGAAUACUAGAUUUAUCCAAUUUUUUCAUAACAAAACUUUGUCUACUAUUUUGUUUGUAGUGCUGAACUUCAAACAGUGGACGAAGAAAAUAACCUUAAACCGAGUACUAGUUUUAUCCAAUUUUUUCAUAAGAAAACUUUGUCUGCUAUUUUGUUUGUAGUGGUGAACUUCCAACGGUGGACUCGCGGUCACAAAAUCCUAAUAUACAGCUGAACACAAGACAAAAGAAGAUAAUAAUCAGUAUUAGUUCGAGAUAAUUGCCAAGGAGAUUAAGAAAUUUGUGCAUCAGUCCACCCCUACAGUAAACAAUGAUGCACAAUCCUAUUGAACCUGCACAAAUUGUGUUACUGAUAGAGGAGAUAAUGCAUGUGUAUUUGAUGGAACUCAUAUGUGUAAUGGAUCUUAUAACUAGGAUGGACAAAAGAAAGAGGAAGCGUACUGAUGAAGUUGAGACAUAUUCUAUGAUUCAAAGAAUCCCUGACCAAGUUAAGCGCUUGAACAGAAUGGUAGGAGUUACUGAUAUUGAUUGCAUUGAAAAUCUUCGCAUGGAUCGUAACACUUUCGGUAGAUUAUGUCUUUUAUUGCGACAAUUAGGGGGUUUGACUGAUGGAAAAUAUGUUAGUGUAGAAGAGCAAGUGGCAAUGUUUGUAACUACUUUGGCCCAUCACCAAAAGAAUAGAAUAGUUAGUUCUAACUUUUGGAGGUCAGGCCAAACAGUAUCCCACUAUCUCCAUGUUGUUUUAAGAGGUAUUUUAAAAUUACAUGGAAUAUUCUUGGCCAAACCAGAGCCUGUAGCAGAGGAUAGCAAUGACCCAAACUGGAAGUGGUUUAAGGGCUGCUUAGGAGCGUUAGAUGGCAUAUACAUUAAUGUUGUGGUGCCAAACAUAGACAAGCCGAGGUAUAGGACACGAAAGGGUGAGAUUUGCAUGAAUACACUGGCUGUAUGUGACCAAAAUAUGAAGUUUGUUUACGUCCUAUCUGGAUGGGAGGGAUCAGCUGCUGAUUCUCGGGUUUUAAGAGAUGCAGUGAACAGAGUGCACGGACUGAAAGUUCCAAGAGGAAAUUACUAUUUGUGUGAUAACGAUUACACAAAUAGCGAAGGUUUUUUGUCUCCAUACGAAGGUGUUAGGUAUCACAUGAAGGAGUGGGGUCCAGAAUGUGAGAGGCCUCAAAACGCGCAGGAAAUGUUCAAUAUGAGGCACACUAAAGCGAGAAAUGUUAUUGAGCGUGCACUCGAAAUCAUGAAGAUGCGAUGGGGAAUACUUAGGAAUGCGCCGUCUUAUCCUGUCAAAGUUCAUAAUAGGCUGAUCAUGUCUUGUUUUCUACUGCAUAAUUUCAUUCGUUCAGAAAUGGUUCAUGAUCCAAUUGAAGAGCUAAUUGACGAACUCCCUACUGUAAAUGUCUAUGAAGAACAUGGUGACGAAGAGGAGGAUGGUUUUGUUGAUGCUACUGAAACGUCUCCCGAAUGGAAUCAAACUAGAGAUGCAAUGGCUCAAGCAAUGUGGACUGAAUCUUGAUCAACUUUAAGGAGAAAUUAAUCAUAUUAUAUUGUGUUUAGUUUCUGCACAAUCAAUCUCUGUCUUUUGUUGUUAUAAGUGAGCAAGUGGAUUAUCUUUUGCGAACAUGUGUUUAGGUGGAUUCUAUCUUAUGCAAAAAAAAAGUCUCAUUUUUUUGGUGGCUGCAA